GGAUGGAUGGAGGCAGAGCCACACACACACACACUGAAACACAGACCAGGACCACACCGACCGGUCUGCCUCAAGAUGCUGGAAUAACGGCGAGAAACGAACAUCUUCUGCUUCUUAACUGUGACCAGCUCACUCACUUUCUCCAAAAUGUCUGGGAAAAUAGAAAGCAAACAAGAAUCCCAGCGUUCCCACUUGACAUCCUUUACAAUGAAACUAAAGGACAAAUUCCACUCUCCCAAAAUCAAGAGGACGCCGUCAAACAAAAAGUCCAAACCACCACCAGAACAACCUGUGAAGUCCCCAGAGAAGACUGUGACCAAGAGUCCGAGUCGAUUAGAGGAGCAUGAGAAAGAAGUGGUCAGCGCUUUGCGGUACUUCAAGACGAUAAUCGACAAGAUGGCAGUGGACAAGAAAGUUCUGGAAAUGCUUCCUGGAUCAGCCAGCAAAGUGCUGGAGGCUAUCAUGAGCUUGGUACAACUAGAUGGCAAGAUAUUGAGCAGUUCACGUGUGUCCUCCUGUCUGAAUCGGCUCUAUCAGAGUCUUGCAAACCUCAUACUCUGGUCAGACCAAGUGAUGCUGGAAGGGGUGAAUUUGGAAGAUAAAGAAACAAUAGCAACCGUCACCACUGUGAUCAAAGCAGUCUUAGAUGGUGUAAAGGAGCUUGUUAAAGUCACCAUCGAGAAGCAGGAACACCCCUCCCCCACGACGCCCAUCAAAACACUUCCCCCUGUCACCAGUCCACAGCGUGUUCCAGAGCCCCCUGUCAUUGAGACAAAGGAAAUCUUGAAUGAUGCCCCUGCCCUGCCUGAGACCAUAGAGACCCCAAAUAACAUCCCUGAUGAGGAGCUGGCCCCUCCUAAACCCCCUCUACCUGGACUCAAAGUGCCUGAACACUGUCCACCGGCUCUCCCCCCAAAGAAGCGUCAAUCAGCACCGUCUCCCACAAGGAUUGCCGUGGUUGUGCCGAUGAGUCGUACCACAAGUGGAUCAAGUCUUCCUAUUGGUAUCUGUCGACAGGAUUAUGAGGCAGAUGCAUUACAGAGGCGUUUUUCGGGGGGCAGUCACUCUUAUGGAGGGGAAUCACCACGACUCUCCCCCUGUGGGAGCAUCGGCAUACUGAGCAAAUCAGAUGAACAGCUGUCCUCACUGGAGCAGGACAGUGGACAGUGCUCUCGUAACACCAGUUGUGAGACUCUAGACACAGCAGAGACCUAUGACCCUGACUACGACUUCCUGCAUCAGGACCUGUCUAGCAUCGAUCAGAUCGCGCACACAGGGAGUUGUCUAAGCCCUCUCCCUGAGUCUCAUCACGAGUCAUCCCCCUUCCCUGUCCAGCUACAAUUAAUACCACCCGCUCUCCCGAAGAAGGAACGGCGUCCACCUCUGCCGCCAGUGGAACGGCUCUACUCUCAAUAUGACAACAUUCCAGAUGAGGACAUGCAGACCCCACCCUUCCCCCUCUUCGCAUCAAUGCCACCCUCGAACCCUGGAGUAUUUAUGGGAAACUUCAGCCCUGCUGAGAAUGCUCACAUACCCCUGAGCCCCCCGCCCCUGCCGGAAAAGAAGAGUCGACAUAUCCUGCAAUAUAUGCAGUUUAUGGAGGACUAUUCCGAGCCGCUGCCUUCCGUUUUCUACCAGACGCCUCAGAGCGAAAGCAUUUAUGAGCAGCGCAAUAGGAAACGCUUUCAGGAAGUGUACGGCCUCAAUGACUCCUUCAGCAGCAGCGAUGAGCCCCUCCCUCCACCGGCACUGCCACCCAAACAGAGACAGCUGGCAUCCUCACACUCUGCGUCUCCUUCCUCCUCCUCCUCUUCCUCUCUGUCGUGUCACCUGCAGCAGUGUGCUUCUGGGCCAGGCCCUGGUGAGACAGAUACUGCUCUCAGCUUGUCUGCAUCUUACUCCUCUCUCAGCCACCAGGGUUCCCUGCCUGCCCCUGCGAGCGAAAGUGCUAAUGAUGAAGGUGGGGAGGGUGAAUAUGUCAAUCUGUAUUCAUCCAACCAGGCCAGUGGAGAUCUGACUCUUUCCAAUGGAGACUCUUCUUGUGAACCUGAGGACUCACUACAGGACUCUGCAUCAGAACACAGCAAAGAUUUGGCCGACAGAGAAGGCUGGAAGCAAAAGUGUGCAGACUCAGAGCUCACCUCAGAGCAGGAGGAUGAGCUCUUGCUGAUAGACCAUGAAGAGAUCAUGUCUCACAUAACACUAAAGCAAGAGAAAGAUGAUGGCCCUGAUGUCCGAGCUGGGUCAGGAGACAUUUUAUUAGUUCAUGCCACAGAAACAGAUCGCAAAGAUCGAGUUUUAUACUGUGAAGCAUUUUUGACCACAUACAGAACGUUUCUAACCCCAGAGGACCUGAUUAAAAAGCUCCGCCAUAGGUAUACCAGGUUUUCUCACAGUUCUGACAACGUCAAACAGCGUGUUAGUAAAAACACAUUCUUUGUGCUGGUGCGGGUCGUGGAUGAGCUUUGUUUGGUGGAGCUCACUGAAGACAUCCUGAAGCAGCUCAUGGAUCUAGUGUUCAGUCUGUUGAUUGAUGGAGAGCUCACGCUGGCCCGAGUUCUGCGCAAGAAUAUUCUAGAUAAAGUUCAACAGAAGAAGUUGCUGCAGUACUCCAACUCCCUCAAAACGCUCGCUGCAAGAAGUGUUGCUGCAAGACCCGGCACUCUGCAUGACUUCCGCAGUCAUGAGAUUGCAGAUCAGCUUACUCUCCUCGAUGCAGAGCUGUUUUAUAAAAUAGAGAUCCCUGAGGUGUUACUCUGGGCAAAGGAACAAAACGAAGAAAAGAGCCCCAAUCUGACCCAGUUCACAGAGCACUUCAACAACAUGUCAUACUGGGUUCGGUCCUUAAUAAUCCAACAGGAGAAAGCCCAGGAUCGAGAAAAACUUCUUCUAAAGUUCAUCAAAGUUAUGAAGCACUUAAGAAAACUCAAUAACUUCAACUCCUACUUGGCAAUAUUAUCAGCGUUGGAUUCAGCACCAAUUAGAAGACUGGAAUGGCAAAAGCAAACUUCAGAGGGUUUGGAGGAGUAUUGCACUUUAAUUGACAGUUCCUCCUCAUUCCGGGCGUAUAGAGCAGCUUUAGCAGAUGUGGAGCCUCCAUGUAUACCGUACCUAGGUCUCAUCCUCCAGGACUUAACUUUUGUGCAUCUUGGGAAUCCUGACCUCAUUGAUGGAAAGAUAAACUUUUCCAAACGCUGGCAGCAGUUCAAUAUCCUGGACACAAUGAGGCGCUUCCAGCAAGUGCACUAUGAUCUCAAACACAAUGACGACAUUGUGUCCUUCUUCAAUGACUUCAGUGAUCAUCUAGCUGAGGAGGCAUUGUGGGAGCUCUCUUUGAAGAUCAAACCUCGUAACAUCACAAGACGAAAAACAGAACGAGAGGAAAAGACAUAGUUCGCCUAAGUGAACAAACUGCAUUUAAACCCCGUCCCCCAAUGAUGUGUCAAGACACAGCAAUUAAAAAAGUUACUGUAAUGGCAGCUACGAGACUGGAUACUGUAUUUCUGUUACAGUUGACCGAAACUUUUUUUUAAAUCAUGAUUAGAUUUUAUUUUGUAUUUGCACUGCAUCUUAACCUGUAUGUAAAUUUGGAGUGAAGCUGUGCCGAGCACAAAGAGUUUCGUCGGAUACAUGAGAUUGAGGUUUGAGAUUAUAACCUGGGAUUUAAGGUGAUUCCAGGACCAUCUCACCACCUGGAUGUUGGUAGUGCAAUCUGGAAACAACACGACUCCAAUUGCAAACUAAUACCACGAUGCCUCAUCAGGCACUGAGGAGGUUUUAGUUCCUUGAAGACUGAUAUUUUUAUUUAUUUAUUUUUUUAUGUUACCAAUGCACAUAAAGACUCUUUGGGUUUAAAGGGAUUGCUGUAUGUUUAGCUACUGGAUUGAACCUCUUUAAGCAUGUGUGGUAAUAGGUCAUAAUGAGGUCACAAGGUCAUUAAUAGUCAUUAAUCUAUUCCUCAUUUAACACGCUAUCUGGCUGAAUCCAUUUAAUUGCUGUUUUAUGUUGACUGCAUUUGUUACAUUAAUUCUUCAACAGGAGUGUGUCGAUUUACAUCUGCAUCAAGCUCUUUAAAAUGUACUGUCAAGAAAUGUCACUUUCAUAUUUCGGUUACAUAUUACAGUGGUUCUCAACUAGGGGUUCGGGACCCACUAGGGGGCCUCAGCACACUUCCAGGGGGGCCUCAAGAUCUCUUAGAAUUAUUUAAAAUAUGAUAGAUUAUUAUAAUUUUUAUAUAAUUAUUAUAAUUUAACUUACUGAAAAUGCUAAAAAUGUAAUAACUCUCUUCAACAGCUUGCUUUUUAUGAAGAAUAUACAGUUCUAGACAUUUCUGGAAUCACAAGUUUGAAGGAAAUGUCUUAUAAAUAUCUAAUAGCCUACAUGGGGGGGAUUUCGAAUAUUUUCUCCGACAAUGGGGGGGGCCUUGGAGUCAAAAAGGUUGAGAACCACUGACCUGAGGCCUAUUUAAAAUCAAUUGUCUUCCAAUUACAGUUAAUUAUUGCUACUAAUCAGGGAAACUCAUUAUUUUGUUUACCAUUCAAGUUAUUUAUUUGUAUAUUUACCUGUAUGUGCAUAGAUGUGCUUACAAUACGCUUUUUAUUCCAAGACCAUCAGCACCACUUAGAGAAGAAGAAUUGUGUUACUGUUUUUAGGGUACAUUUCAGUAUUUUUUCUCAUAAGAAAAAUAUAACAUUUUGCACAACAGCCAGGUACAAAAUUUUGCUUCUGUCUGACCUCCAAGUAAUAUCACUUUGAUCAAGGACCUACUAUCAAGUGCUUAAAGCUGUUCAUGUAGUGGUGUUAAUGUGAUUUAGUUUUUUUUUUAAUGCAGUUUUCCUUUUGUUUUUUAAAAGGAUUUUACAUGGACAUUUGUAGAGAGAUUUUUCUCUGGUGUGUGAUUAUAAAAUGUGCACUUUGAGGUUGAUUGGGGUGAAAGAAGAAACUGUUGGGAAACGGUUUCAAAUGGACAGAUCACAGACGUACAUAUGUACAGUCAUGUGAAAAAAUAAGUACACCCCAUGGAAAUUGUUGGCUGCUUUGACAUAUUUGGACAAGCAAACAUUUAUUAUUCUUUGGAACAGUGCCUAUUAAUAAAGUUGAUGUACUUGAGCAAACCACAAGGAAAAUUAGCUUUUUCAAUGAUUUAUUAAACAAAAAUAUCAGUAGAUGUGAUAUUCUUCUGUGGAAAAAUGAAGUACACCCUUGGCCUCAUAAGCUAGUAUUGCCCCCUUUGGCAGAAAUAACUCCUUGUAGGCGUUUUGCAUAAUUGUCCACCAGUCUCUGACACCAGCUUGCUGAAAUUUUCGACCACUCUUCCUUGCUAAAUUCUUUCAGCUGCAAGAUGUUUGUGGGUUUUCUUGCAUGUACUUUCAAACUCCCCCCACAACAUUUCAAUGGGAUUCAAAUCUGGGCUUUGACUACACCAUUCCAUAACCCUCCAUUUCUUUUUUUCUAGCCAUUCCUUGGUGGAUUUGCUACUGUGUUUAGGAUCAUUAUCGUGUUGAAAGGUCCACUUCCAGUUCAACUUCAACUUUCGGACAGCCUCACAUUAUCUUCAAGCACUCUUUGAUAUGAUGCAGAAUUCAUAGUUGAAUCCACAACUACAAGCUGUCCAGUCUCUCAGGCAGCGAAGCAACCCCAAAUCCCAACCCCAAAUCCAGCAUUCCCACCACCGUGCUUCACAGUUGUAUGAGGUUCUUCUCCUGAAAAGCUUGGUCUGGGCCAAACGUGUACUUGUACUGUGGCCAAACAACUCUAUCUUUGAUUUGUCUGUCCAGAGCACAUUAUUCCAAAAGGCCUGGUCUUUGCCUAAACGUUCACUGUCAAACUUUGUUUGAAAUCUACACCACUUUUAGAUGCUUUUCGUUACAGUGGAAUGAUUUAUUUCAAAUAAUUUGGAGAUCUUUUUAAAUCUCUGGCCAGACACAUAGUCAUCCACAACCUUUUUUUCUGAAAGCCUUACAGAACUCUUUAGAUCUUGUCAUGUUGACACCACAAACCUCACUAGCAAAGAGAACACCAGACACUAGAUGUGAGAGGUUUAAUUAAGACAGGUUCCUCCUGCACUACCUAAGGAGGUUCUAAUCAUUGGCGCCCAAUUUUGAACACCUGGUUCUAAUUUUAUGGAUCUGAAGAUGUGAUAAAUGUAGGGGUGUACAUACUUUUUCCAUCUGACUGAUCUUACUUUUAUUAUUAUUAUUAUUUAAAUUAUGAAAAUGUCUUCAAAAUGUCAAUUUUAUGGGUCAUUUAAGUAUAUCAACUUUAUUAAUAGGCACUGUUUCAAAGAGGACCAAAUAUUUGCUUGUCCAAAUAUGUCAAAAAAGCCAACAAAUUCCAUGGGGUGUACUUAUUUUUUCACAUGACUGUAUGAACCUGAAUCCCUGCAAUGAUUUUCUGCAAACUGGAAUGAAGUUGGUUUAAAAUUCCAAAGACCACAGACCACAUAUCACCACUGUUUGAAUAUGAUGAUAAUUCAGUUGCAUAUGACAUACAACUGACAUGUACCUCUGUACACGGAACCCUGUGAAACCUGGUAAAACAAUAUAAAUAUCACCAAUGUC